GCUGGUUGCCCUAAACCCCACGUAGUCCAGUGUUUAAUGGAGACCCGAUAUGAAAGAUUGGACUGCGUGGCACGUGCGGUAUUAAAGCUUAUUAUGAAAUUCAGCGCACGUGCUUGGUUAGACAGAAACCGAGCCGCGUUAUUGCUGGACGCGAAUCCCUGGUGCUUCACAGCAGCGCUGGUCUUCGGCUGAUUACGCUGCGCGAAGUGGGCGGAUUUUAGGACCCACGGGUGGAUUCCUGUUCGAAUAAUAAAAGUUGUUGGGAUCCGUUCGCUUGCCGACGCGCGACAAAAGCAGCCGGACUGAAUCAGAAAGUGCUCGUGGGCCACCCCCGCCCUCCCCGCCGGUGCUGUUCCGAACCUCUCCGCUGCGGCUUUGCAGCAGCCAGACAAGCCGAGCGCAGCGAUCCCUCCGCCUGCUUCACUGAUACAUGUAAACAGACGCAGGGAAAGGGGGCGCGUGGGCUGCCGUGUCCGUGGUUUCCGGAAGAGAGGGUGUGAAGCAUGGGACGCAGCUCCUGUCAGGAGCCGAUCCUGCCGCACACCUAGAUCUCCGAAGCCCGUCGGAUCAUCUGCUGCCCCGCUUCGGCUGUGAGGAGAGGCAUCCUAACGGGACAUCCCUCCGGAUCCCCUCCGGUGGAGAGCUUCCAGGAUCCCGUUUGGAGGGGUUCAGCUGAGGACCGCAGGCUGGCCCAGAUCACAUUGAUGCUGCUGGGUGCUCCUUGGUUCUCCCGCGCCACCAUCAACCCCCUCUGGACGCCAUGGCGAUGAGCAGCGACCCGGGCUGCGAGAGGCUGGACCCCAACUCCUCCAAACAGACGAGCAGUCUGACCGAUCUCAUGGCCGCCAUGACGACGAAAGACCCCGAAGGCUCGUCCGCCAACGGCAUGAAGAACGGAAAGGCUCAGCAGGAGAGCAUUCAAGGCAAGCGGGUCCAGGCGCUGCGACCUCACCUGUCCGGCAGGAAGCUGUCCCUUCAGGAGAGGGGCACCUACCUGUCGGCGGGGUCAGAGGGAGGUUACACGCACAUCUCGUCUCGAGGGGCUCGCAGGCCCACAGUGGAGUCGAAACGGGUGUCCAUAUCAGACUCUCAGGAUUGUAUCCAGCUGAACCAGUAUAAGCUGAAGAGUGAGAUUGGAAAGGGCUCCUAUGGCGUGGUCAAGCUCGCCUACAACGAAGAUGACGACAAACAUUAUGCCAUGAAGGUGUUGUCCAAGAAGAGGUUAAUGAAGCAGUGUGGUUUUCCACGUCGCCCUCCCCCAAGAGGACCCAAGGCAGCCCAAGGAGAGCAGCCUAACGUCUUAGGACCCUUGGAAAGGGUAUACCAAGAGAUUGCCAUUCUUAAAAAACUGGACCAUGUCAACAUUGUCAGGCUGGUGGAGGUGUUGGAUGAUCCGUCAGAGGACAACCUCUACAUGGUGUUUGAGCUGAUGCGUAAGGGUCCAGUGAUGGAGGUGCCAACAGAGACUCCUUUCUCAGAGGAGCAAGCGCGGCAGUACUUCAGAGACAUCGUCCUGGGCAUCGAGUACCUGCACUACCAGAAGAUCAUCCACCGGGACAUCAAGCCGUCUAACUUGUUACUGGGAGACGACGGCCAUGUGAAGAUCGCCGACUUCGGAGUGAGCAACCAGUUCGAGGGCAGCGACGCUCUGCUGUCCAGCACUGCAGGGACUCCUGCUUUCAUGGCGCCGGAGACUCUGUCAGAGAAGUGCAAGAGCUUCAGUGGGAAAGCGCUGGACGUGUGGGCCAUGGGAAUCACCCUGUACUGCUUCGUGUUUGGGAAGUGCCCGUUUAUUGACGAGUACAUAUUGGCUUUGCACAAUAAGAUAAAGACCAGGCCUGUGGAUUUUCCUGAAACACCCAACAUCUGCGAAGAGCUGCGGACGUUAAUCUUGCGGAUGCUGGACAAGAACCCGGACACCAGGAUGACCAUUCCUGAGAUCAAGAUGGACCAGUGGGUGACCCAGGGAGGCACUGACCCUCUGCCUUUGGAGGAGGAGCACUGCUCCAUGGUGGAAGUGACGGAGGAGGACAUCCAGAACUCUGUCAAGUUUGUCCCCAGCCUCUCCGCUGUGAUCUUGGUGAAAGCGAUGCUGAGGAAGCGCUCGUUCAGCAACCCCUUUGAGUGCCCGAGCAGGCGAGAGGAGAGAUCCAUGUCUGCACCUGGCAGCCUGCUCAUGGACUCGUGGCCCUUCAGGCCCUCUUUAAAACUGCACCCUUCACGCAGAAAGAGCAGCGCGGGGGACGGGCCCAGAGAAGGAGAGCUGGAGGACCUCCACGAGGAUGAGCCUUUCUCUUGAGGCACGACGGGAAGCCGAGCUUUCUGCUUUGACCACUGUGCGCUCAUGCCUUCACCCAGCUCCAACCAGUGCCACAGUAAACCAUGUCCAUAAACGGAUCUGUAAAUGUGAAAUAUCGCUCGCGGAUGCUAACGCUAACUCGGCUCGAUUCUUAGAAAAUCCUUCCUUUUCUUCUGUUCUUUCUGGAUUUCUGAGCUCAGCAGCUUACAGGUGACACACCACUUGGUUUGCACACUAAAGUAAAAAAAAAAAAAAAGGAAAUCUUUCUUUUUUUUAAUUUCCAUGCAUGCUCAUUAUCAGAUCACCUACAGGAUCUAAUCAACAGUUUCUCUCUGACUCUCGCAUGUUAACCACACUGGAUCGUCUCUUCAGUGAACUACAGGGCUUCUGACUGCUGAUCAGUCUUUUUAAUAUCAGAGGCUGAUUCCUUGUUCCUGUCGCAGCCCUUUGUUGUUUUUUUCUCACACCGGUGCCGUCGGUAACGUUUACGAAAAAGGCAGUAUGAAAAGCCUCCGUGCUGCCUUCAUGGACCAGCUCUACGACAGACGGCGGGCAGAAAGCACGCUGGCUUUGCUAUGCAUGCACACGUUUUGAAUGGCACUGCCCCCUGCUGUCUGACAUGAAGUGACUCCAGUGUUUGGCAGGUUAGUUCACGCUUCUGCUCCUACUCUGCGAUUAUCACUGCUGUCAAACACAAUCUCUGCUUUUAUGUAAAUAACAGAGAGGACGUUUUAAAAUGCGGCAUCCUCAACGGUGGAUAGAAACGGAGACGAGAACUCCUGCAGUGUUAUCAAAACUGUAAAUAUACGAUACGUAUAUAUGGAAAUUUGUUUGUUUUUGCUCAGGAUUUUUUUUUUCUCACUGGACAUUUCAGUGAAGGGCAUUUUUUUAAGGUUAGUUUUAAAAAAAAGGGAAGCAAGUCACCUUCAGGUCCAACAGUUUGUAUGCAAAUGGUUUAACAUGUGCCAGUUCAUUAGGAUUAUUUUCUGUAUUUGCUAAGAAAAAAAAGAAAAACAAAAAAAUGAUCUGUUCACGCAUCACCACAUUAUUCUGAGGUACAGAGAAAAAUGUAUUGCUUUGCCAUUUUCAAAAACUGUUCCUUUACUGAACUGCUUGGCUGACCUUUGAAAAAAAAAAAAGUCAUAAACUAUAA